GAAUGAACAUUAUAGAGGACUACUAGCGGAACAAGUGAUGGUGGCACAGAAAUGGUUGAAGCAGGCGUAGGGUUAGGGUAAGGUACGUGGUUUGGACGACACGUGGAUGGGCGCGAUGUGCCAUUGCUCAGCCACUUUAUGACGUCACUCUUUGCUGCCCUUCCUCGUUGUCCAACUGCAUCCGCAUCGUCAUAUCAUGAGAUGAGGCCGCCUGGGUCCAUCUGAGGCGCAGAUGGAUUGGCAAAGACAGACAAUUGCGUACGUGUAUCACUCCUGGCUGGCUGGGUUUCGUAUGAUCUUCGACCAAGGCGUGAUAUAAACUCACCUCACCUGAUUUCCUCUCUACCUUUUACAUUCACAACCCCGCACCUCUUUCUUUCUCUCGUAUCGCAUUUUGCAAUCGACACCAAAGCAAUGAACUCCAACGACAAGCAAUCUCAGGGCCAUCAGGGUGCCCAGCAGCCCCAGCAGCCGUACUUUCCACCUCCGCCUGGUCCUCCUCCCGUCCAAACGUCCCAGGCCCAGGCUCAAGCCCCGCCUCUCAAACAUCCCGACGAGACACCGAUUCCCGAUUACGAGAUCCCAGCCUACCAUCCCUCGAAUCCUCAGUUCGCGCCACCGCCUACAACUGCCGAUGAUGACAUCUACGGCGCGAGCCCGACAGAUCAGCAUCCUCCCAAUCUCCCAGGCUCUACUCACCAUCACCAUCAGCAACCCGAAGAAGCAAAGAAAAAGUCGCAUCGUUUGUCCGGCCUAGGCCAUUCAUUCGCCUCCAAGGUAGCUGGACCCGUCAAUGCCCUUGCGCAGAAAUUCGGUUCCGAAGGCUUCCUGCCCGAGUCGCUUGACAAGGAGUGCGAAAAGGCCGCGAGGAUCCUCAAGGCAUUUUGCAAGGAUGGCAUUUACAGCAAUGUAGAUCCGCAAACAGUCGCGGCGCCUUCGACGGUCCCCGCAUCCACUGGCCAGCCUUCUCAGACCGGCCCCGGCAACCCCGCCGGUACCGGGAAGCCCAGCAGCGUCGACACCAGCAAGGCCAAGAAAUCUCGCAUCCUUCUGACCAUCCCUUCCAAGGUCAUUGCCAGGGCGCAAGGUCUGGCCAUCUUCACAGCUGUACGCCUAGGGUAUGGGGCCACGGGGUCAAGCGGCAGCGGCAUCCUAGUGGCGCGGCUGCCCGACGGCAGGUGGUCACCGCCGAGCGGCAUCCAAAUCACAAGCAUCGGGGCCGGGUUCGUCGGCGGAGUAGACAUCUACGACUGUGUGGUCGUUAUCAAUACCCGGGAGGCCCUCGACCUGUUCACACGCACCCGUCUGAGUCUAGGCUCUGACCUGGCUGUGACGGCGGGGCCUUUUGGUUUUGGAGGUGCCCUGGACUGGGGCCUUCCCCCUAGCCCCGGCCCGGGCGCUCCAGGGCAGGGCCAGAGCGGACGGGACAAGACGACCGGACUUCCUCCGUCGCAGCAACAACAGCAGCAGCAGCAGCAGCAGCAGCAGCAGCAGCAGCAGCCGCUGUCAGCCGAUAACACGCACUUCCAAACGCAGAACGUGCCCGAACAGGAACAGCUCGAGCUCGAGGACCACGGGCGCAAUGUCAAGGACAAGGACAAGGACGACAGGCGGCGUCCGAGUCCCUUCCGCGAGGCCGUCAAGAAGCCCGUGUACAGCUACGUUAAGUCGCGCGGUCUCUAUGCAGGCGUGCAGGUCGACGGCACCGUCGUCGCCGAGCGCGAGGGCGCAAACGCAAAGUUCUACGGCCAAGCUGUGCCCGUGGCCAAGAUUCUACGGGGCGAGGUCCCUGCCCAGGGGCCACCCGGCAUGUGGCCUGCCGGCGCCAAGAACCUGUUCGACGUCCUCCGCGGCGCCGAGGGCGGGUACCUUGGCGGUCAGCAGCAUCAGCAGCAACAGGGACAAGGCCUCGGGCAGGGAUCGGCGGUUAGCCACGUUCCUCCUAGCCAAACAAUCCCCACUUCUUCUUACGGCCCUAAUGUUGGCGCCCCGCAGUCGGCGUGGGUGCCUGGCGUCACGGCCGGUGUGCAGGGCCUCAACAUCGGGGGCGGCAGUACUUCCGGUGCAGCGGGACCGUCGACAACCGUUCCGCCUCCGCCGCCGCCAGGUGGUGUUGCCCCACCUAGUGCGGCAGCGUCUGCCAAGGCGGCAGAGGCUGCUGCGGAAGCGGAAGCGGCGGCUGCAGCUUCGGGCGGCCCCGCGCCUCCGCCCCCACCGAUGUACACGGAGCAUCAUGACGCUGGGGACUUGCCGCCUGCGUAUGAGGAUGAUGGGAGGUAUAAGGAUUACAGCGGGGAUAGCAAAACUGGGUUGCACUAGCCUCGCCAUUUCACCAGACGAGGCUUGAGGUCAGGACCAAGGACUAGAGUGGCCAUGACGUGAUGACAUUGGGUGUAUGAUUUAUUUGGUCGGAUUAGCAUGGUGGAUGUUAUCACAUGAGUUACUGUAUCCAUUGGUAUUCUUAGCGCUGGUUUAAUUCUUUCUUCUCUGGCUUGUCUAUCAUUUUGCUUUUGCUUUUCUUGUUCCAUUAC